AUGAAGAUUAACGCCCUCCCUCUCCUGUUCGCCACCGCUGCCAGCGCCAGUGUCCAAGGCUUCGACAUUUCCGGCUACCAGCCCAAAGUGGACUUUGCCGGUGCUUAUGCAGCCGGUGCCCGCUUCGUCAUGAUCAAGGCGAGCUUUCCCAGAGCGACUGAGGGCACCAGCUUUAUCUCUAGCUCUUUCUCGAGCCAAUACCAGGGUGCCACUAGCGCCGGUCUGAUCCGUGGUGGUUAUCACUUUGCCCACCCCGACAGUAGCACCGGUGCCGCACAAGCCAAAUACUUCAUCGCCCACGGUGGUGGUUGGUCCGGUGACGGCCUGACCCUGCCCGGCAUGCUGGACAUUGAAUACAACCCGUCCGGCGCAACCUGCUAUGGGCUCAGCCAUUCAGCCAUGGUUUCCUGGAUCAAGGACUUUGGCGAAACCUACAAGAGCGCCGCUGGCCGGUACCCUAUGAUCUAUACAACUGCUGACUGGUGGAACACUUGCACCGGUGGCAGCACAGCAUUCAGUCAGGACUACCCGUUGGUUCUGGCUCGAUACAGCACUUCGGUCGGCACUAUCCCCGGCGGCUGGCCUUUCCAGAGCUUCUGGCAGAACUCAGAUGCGUAUCGCUUCGGAGGUGAUUCGGAAAUUUGGAAUGGCAGUGAGGAUUCUCUGAAGACAUUUGCCAAGACUGCUGCUUAA